AUGGCGUCAGCAGUAGCAGGAGGACUAUUUAAUGCAUUUGCAUUUGCAGGAGCAGGAUUUUUAUUUAAAAUGUUUGACAAGAAUGGAUACGCUGAGGAAGCUCAUAGACAUAACCUUGCAAUGGAGAACCUAACAGCUGAAAGAGAGAAGUACCUUCAAGAAGUCACUGAUAGAAGAAAUAGGAUUGCUGAACUAAAGUCGGAACUAGUCGAGGCAAAUAAGGAUAUUAAUUCAACGAAUAAGUCACUGGAACUCGUUAGAAGAAUCAAUGAGUUAACACGUAAGGCUGUGCCGAGGAGGCCGCAGUUAAGUAAUCACUACAAACCUAGCUCUGAGAUGGAAGAAUAUAUGGCAAUCUUCGGUUUAAUUAUAGGUGGGGUGGUUGGAGGGGCAGCUUACUUAAUUCUAUAA